CAAGAUGGGAGGCAAGCUGAGCAAGAAGAAGAAGGGCUACAAUGUGAACGACGAGAAGGCCAAGGACAAAGACAAGAAGGCUGAAGGCGCGGGGACCGAAGAGGAGGGGACCCCCAAGGAGGGCGAGCCCCAGGCGGCCGCCGAGCCCGCCGAGGCCAAGGAGGGCAAGGAGAAGGCGGAGAAGGACGCCCAGGACGGCGAGGGCAAGGCCGAAGAGCAGGAGGGCGCCAAGGACGCGGCCGCGGCCCCGGAGGAGGCCCCGAAGGCGGAGCCCGAGAAGGCGGAGGGCGCGGCCGAGGCCAAGGGCGAGCCGAAGGCGGCCGAGCCG